AGUCUUGGUCAUCUCGCCUAAACCAGAGAGCACAAGUCUUCCUUUCAUCUAAAUUUCGCUUCAUUGACAAUCGGACUGAGCAACCAGUUUCACUGAUCGACAAAUAAUGGCGGCGGGGGUGGAGGCGGAGAUAGUGAAGGCCCGGACGGACAACAGGGAGUACCGGAGUAUUGUUCUCGGGAAUUCUCUCGAGGUCCUCCUCAUCAGCGAUCCGGAAACCGAUAAGUGUGCAGCUUCCAUGAGUGUGAGUGUUGGAUCAUUCAGCGAUCCUGUUGGCCUCGAGGGGCUCGCACAUUUCCUUGAGCAUAUGCUGUUUUAUGCAAGUGAGAAAUAUCCAUUAGAGGAUAGCUACUCAAAGUACAUUACAGAGCAUGGAGGGAGCACCAAUGCUUUUACAACUUCAGAGAACACCAAUUACUUCUUUGAUGUCAACACUGAUUGUUUUGAUGAGGCUUUGGACAGAUUUGCGCAGUUCUUUAUUAAACCUUUGAUGUCGGCUGAUGCCACCACGAGGGAAAUCAAAGCUGUUGAUUCUGAGAAUCAGAAGAACUUGUUGUCUGAUGCUUGGCGUAUGCAUCAGCUUCAGAAACAUUUAAGCGAUGAAGGGCAUCCAUAUCAUAAGUUUAGUACAGGGAAUUGGGAUACUUUGGAAGCUAAACCAAAAUCCAAAAAUCUGGAUACAAGACACGAGCUUAUUAACUUUUAUGAAGAGCAUUAUUCUGCCAACCUCAUGCAUUUGGUGGUAUAUGCAAAAGAAAGCCUUGAUAAAAUCCAAAAGCUUGUGGAGGAGAGGUUCCAGGAAAUCCGAAACACUGACCGAAGUUGUUUCUACUUUCCUGGUCAGCCCUGCACAUCAGAACAUUUGCAGAUACUUGUGAAAGCAGUCCCUAUAAAACAAGGACAUAAGCUGAGAAUUGUAUGGCCAGUAACUCCAGGCAUUAUUCAUUACAAGGAAGGACCAUGCAGGUAUCUUGGUCAUCUUAUUGGCCAUGAAGGAGAGGGAUCUUUGUUUUAUGUCUUAAAAGCAUUGGGAUGGGCUACUUCAUUGUCUGCGGGUGAAGGAGACUGGACAAAAGAGUAUUCUUUUUUCAAAGUAGCAAUUGAUCUCACUGAUGCUGGCCAUGAGCAUAUGCAAGAUAUUGUGGGCCUGCUAUUCAAAUACAUUCACCUUUUACAGCAGUCUGGUGUUUGCAAAUGGAUAUUUGACGAGCUUUCAGCUGUUUGUGAGACCGGAUUCCAUUAUCAAGACAAAAUCCAGCCGAUUGAUUAUGUGGUUAAAGUUUCAUCAAAUAUGCAGUGGUAUCCCCCAGAAGAUUGGCUAGUCAGGUCAUCCUUGCCUUCUAAGUACAGUCCAGACAUAAUUCAAACGGUGCUGGAUCAGCUUAUUCCAGACAGUGUCAGAAUCUUCUGGGAGUCGCAGAAAUUUAAAGGUCAUACUGACAUGGUUGAACCGUGGUAUCAAACAGCAUUUACUGUUGAAAAGCUAACUGGAUCCAUAAUUCAGGAAUGGAUGCUAUCUGCUCCUAAUGAAAAGCUGCAUCUACCAGCACCUAAUGUGUUCAUCCCCACUGACUUGUCGCUCAAGGAUGUGCAAGAGAAAGUCAAACACCCUGUUCUGUUACGAAAGUCUUCUUAUUCUUGGCUAUGGUACAAGCCAGAUACUAUGUUCUUUACUCCCAAGGCUUAUGUAAAGAUAGAUUUCAACUGUCCCCAUGCUAGCAGCUCUCCUGAAACAGUAGUUCUUACUGAUAUUUUUACGCGGUUGUUGAUGGAUUACUUAAAUGACUAUGCUUAUUAUGCUCAGGUUGCUGGUCUGUACUAUGGAAUCCACAACACAGAUAGUGGUUUCCAGGUGACUGUGAUUGGCUAUAAUCACAAAUUGAGGAUCUUGCUGGAAACUGUUGUUGAGAAAAUCGCCAACUUCAAAGUAAAUCCCGAUAGGUUUUCGGUGAUCAAGGAAAUGGUCACAAAGGAUUACCAAAAUUUCAAGUUCCAACAACCUUAUCAGCAGGCAAUGUACUACUGCUCGUUAAUACUGGAGGACAACACAUGGCCUUGGAUGGAACAACUUGAAGUUCUUCCUUACCUUGAAGCUGAAGAUCUUGCUAAGUUCGCUCCCAUGAUGCUCUCGAGAGCCUUCUUGGAGUGUUACAUAGCAGGUAAUAUUGAAUCUGGUGAAGCAGAAUCUAUGAUCCAGCAUAUUGAAGAUGUUUUCUACAAAGGUCCAAACCCCAUUUGCCGAUCUUUAUUCCCAUCACAGCAUUUAGCUCAUCGAGUUGUUAAGCUUGAGAAGGGGAUGAGUUACUUUUACCCUGCCCAAGGCUCUAAUCCAACUGACGAAAACUCGGCUCUGGUCCACUAUAUUCAGGUUCAUCGAGAUGAUUUUCUGCUGAAUGUGAAACUUCAGCUUUUUGCUCUAGUUGCAAAGCAACCAGCUUUUCACCAGCUUAGAUCGGUUGAGCAACUUGGAUAUAUUACGGCACUUGUUCAAAGGAAUCAUUCUGGUAUUCGUGGAGCACUUUUUGUUAUUCAAUCCACAGUGAAGGAUCCUGGACAAAUUGAUUUGAGGGUCGAGGCAUUCCUCAAAAUGUUUGAAAGUAAACUUUAUGAGAUGACCAAUGAUGAAUUCAAGAGCAACGUGAAUGCAUUGAUUGAUAUGAAACUUGAGAAGCACAAGAACUUAAAGGAAGAAUCUAGAUUUUACUGGCAAGAAAUCACUGACGGGACCCUCAAGUUUGAUAGGAGAGAAUAUGAGGUGGCAGUGUUGAGGCAGCUUGCGCAACAAGAAUUAAUAGAUUUUUUUGAUGAGAAUGUUAAAGUCGGUGCUCCUCGGAAGAAGACAUUAAGUGUACGUGUCUAUGGGACCCAGCAUUUGACGGAGUAUGCGUCAGAUAAGAGUGCAGCAACCGAUCAACAACCCAACCCAGUCCGCAUAGAAGAUAUUUUCAGUUUCAGAAGAUCCCAGUCUUUGUAUGGUUCAUUCAAAGGAGGGUUUGGUCAAAUGAAAUUAUAGUUUAUGAUUUCUUUCCCUUUUGACUUCAUAAUGUCACCAAAUAAGUUUCUAUACUGUAACAUAUAUUGGAUCCAAGAACUAUUAUGCAUAUGUGCAACUCCUACUGUUUCUGCAUUUGUUUUGCCAACAUCUAUGGAAAGGCUUCUUACUGGAUUCAUAUUAUUUAGAAA